AUGACUCCAGAGUACUUCAUGGCAAGUGUACCCAUUUCUUUCGAGUACCCGGAAGGAAACGCAGCCAAAUCUGUCGCUGAUGCACUACCUAAUGGUGCGGAUUUGCUGCUGCAGGUAUUGCUGCCUUUAGCUGAAAAAUCGAAGCUGCCGAUUGCACUUAAAUUUGACAGUGUGCGUCCAAUCAAUGCUCGCUACGGUGUAGCGGGUGAUGGUGUGAAACCCAGUAAUGUUGACAUUCUGAUUAAGCUGUGCAAUAAUUUCCCGCGAGUCAAGUUCUUAGCUACUUUCUUAUCACGUGUCAACCAACAUGAGGUGACAGUGACGGCCAACAAAUUUCGCAACUUGCAUUUGUAUGGCUGCUGGUGGUAUUGCAACAAUCCGUCAAUUAUUGAAGAAUUGACUCGCAUGCGCAUUGAGAUUUUAGGAACAGCGUUUACAAGUCAGCACUCGGACGCGCGAGUUUUGGAUCAGCUUAUUUACAAGUGGAGUCACUCGCGUGAAGUCAUUGGUGAAGUAUUGGUGGAUAUGUAUGAGAAACUCUUUGCAACAGGAUGGAAACUAUCGAAGAGUGAUAUUGAACGCGACGUGCAACGUUUGUUUGGUCAGAGCUAUGAAGAAUAUAUGGCCAAGGACAUGUAA